CUCGAGGCGGACGCACCCCCUGUGUUCUGCGACAGGUACAGGGCACGGUCGCUUUCAACCAAAAGAACCUUUCGACUUUUCAAACCACGCGACAUUGUUUCGUCCGGUUCGAUAACAUUCUCCUGUCCGAAUCUACGAGUGAUCGCGUGUGACAGUGGACAGUAGAACCGAAAAUCCGAGGUAUGAUUUGUGGUGAUUCGUAGAAGAGAUUAGAGAGUAAAGGAAUACGAAACGGGUGAAAAUGCCGAGAGCUUUUCUCAUCACCCACCGCCGAUACAACGGCGUCGAAGAAGAGUUCGACGGGUCCGGAAGAGAUUUCAGCCCCGAGAGAGGGGUAAGACUGGCCGAUUACAGCGGGAACCAUCCAACGUCCGAUGGCGCGAGCGAAUGCGGCAGCGAGACGUCGUCGGAGUGUCCCGAGGAACUGUACAAUCUAACGAAACUGGCGGAAGUGAGCCUGGCGGCAGCCGCGGGCACGCUAAUUCAUCCCAGCAACGUGAUUUACCAGCAACCAGCCUCGCCCAGGUGCGCUCAGCUCUCGGACAAGUGCAGCAGGAUCGUGUCGCCGCGAUCGAAGAGGCAGGAGUCGCAGUUCCAAGAUCACCCGGGUACGCUGGAGGACGAGCAGACCCUCGGCGAGAGGACGAAACUGUUCUUCGAGAGGAUCGAAAGCGAACGAGAGAUACUGCAAACCCACUCGGAGAGAAAUACUGUUCUGGGUAUCCGCGUAUCGUCCCCUCGUUCCCAUCGUUUGCAGGAGGAACGAGGUCUCGAUGUCUCCGACAACUCCCUCGACAAGACCGAAUUGGAACCGGCACCGUCGAUACCGUCGAUACCCGAAAGCCGAAGAACGACCUCGACCUCGACGGAGACGUCGAAAUCCGAGGACAACGAGGACCACGAGUGCCCCGAUUGCGGGAAGAAGUACUCGACUUCCUCGAACCUGGCCAGACACAGGCAAACGCAUCGAUCCCUAGGUGAUAAGAAAGCCAGAAGGUGUCCACAUUGCGACAAGGUCUACGUUAGCAUGCCCGCGUUCAGUAUGCACGUCAGGACGCAUAAUCAAGGGUGCAAGUGCCAUUACUGCGGCAAGUGUUUCUCGAGGCCGUGGCUGCUACAGGGACACAUACGCACCCAUACCGGAGAGAAGCCGUUCAAGUGCACGAUCUGCAACAAAGCGUUCGCUGACAAGUCCAACUUACGCGCCCACAUACAAACGCACUCGAACACGAAACCGCACGUGUGCGGUCGUUGCGGCAAAGCGUUCGCCCUGAAGUCGUAUCUGUACAAGCACGAGGAGUCGUCCUGUAUGAGAGCGCAUCAUCGAUCAUCCGUGGAGAAAAUAGAUGGAAACGAUCAGAAGGCUGCGUCCUCGUCGGCGAAAUCGUGCGCGCCACUCUCGUCGUCUUUCGGCCGACUGCAGACGACACCGUGCCUCACGGCGUCCCCCACCAGCGUCAUAGUUCCUCGUUUAGGUCUGAACCGCGACCAAAGAAACCCGUCGUCGGCGUUCUCAGCGAUCAUCAGGCACACCAGAAUACCGGACGCGUCCGCGGUAUCGCCGCCGUCGUUGAAACGUUCCUGCAGAGAUAAAACACCGAUCGAGGAGCACGAGGGGCAAACAUCCGACGGCUCGACGAAAGACCCGGAGUGCGUGUCCAGGAUGGUAAUCAGAACGUCCGUUAUAUCGCCCAAUCCGGAGCAUCUGAGUCGCUUCAACAACGAUAGCCAAAAUUCUUCCAACGGUUUUGAUUUUUCUGAUCCGACGAGGUCCUCCGCGUUUUCAAGGCCAACCACGAUGACCCUGAAUUUGGCGAUCGCGUAGAAUCACUCGUCGCCCUUGAAAUUUUAAACCAGGCACGCCAAACUUUUUCUUUGCCAUCGUCAAAACUAUCUUAACAUGCCUGUUUUAAAUAUAUCGAGGAAAAUAGAGUAUUCGUCUAAAUUGAUAAACGAAAUCACGGCAAGUAGUUCCGCCGAGUAACGUGAGAACAUUAUUGUCGAAUGUAGAUAAGGCAGAAUCAGUUCUGUAGUACACCAAAGACUACCUUAAUUCCUACGGAUUUUUCAAACGCGCAGAGGAACCGUUAUCCAAAACCGAAGGCGAAACAAUCAUCGUUUCGCGGAGGUAACGAAGACGUCAUUAUUUGCUAGCAACUAGUGUCAUUCCUACCGAUAUCGAGAUAAGUCCAUUAAGUUUUAGAAGUGAAACGUUUGAAAUUGUAUCGUUAUACUUAAUGGCGCCUUUUUACAGCGAUUAACGCCCACAUUUAUAGAUAAAGUGAAGUCAAUUUUGAUGACAAGUUCGAUAGCACUACAAACAAGCACGAUCGACAAAGAUUACGUGACAAAUAUUAUUCCAUACACCUUCCUAAUUAGGGACCAUAUAGCACAUAGUAUAGUAAUGAUAAAAUCAUGGAUCAUCAAUUCCUAGUAUCGUGCCUUAAACACUAUUCGUAUGUAGCAACAUUUUUUUUUUAAAGACACAUCGCGUCGUAUGAAGGAACGAAAGUAAUUUAUUAAUUUGGAGUGAAAUGCAGUGCCUAUUAUAUGCGUACUUACCUUAGUAUUAAUUGCGUCGAUCGAAUCAAAGUUCUCCGAGCUCUUCCAGGCAGCUAGAAAUUCUUUAAUGCUUGAAACUAACGUAAAUUGCUAAUAAACAUCGAUCGAAUUAUAGAUACUCGUAUUAUUGAGAAAUACCGUAAAAGAAACUAUUUUUACUUUUAUCUUUACACGACAAGUUACACUUUUAGAAUCUCCCGUUGAAGUUACGCGUUUCUGUGAGUAUUUUGUGCGCUAAACUAGGCGAUCAACUACGAUAGUCUGAUGAACAUUUGGAAGAAGUUGGUGUAGUUGAACCGCGCAAUUAUAAGUAUUUGAAUAAGUACUGAAUAGUUAAUUAAGAUUUCUGUCAAAAACGGUAGAUAAGGAUAAAUGUAAUUUCGGGUCUCGUCAUAUUUGCUGCAAACGUAUAUCUAAGAAGGUAGUUUUAUUUUGUAAUGCAUUAAACGCGUUUUUAAAUACAAGAACGCGUAUCGUCUGUGAUUCGAAGUUGCGUAAAACAGAAUUCGGCUGCUGUACACGCAGUUUCGUAGCCCUCUGUCGGCGGUAUUGUAGAAUAUUUAAGAAUUUCUUGUUUUCGAUCCGUUACCAAUCGAUGGUAUCGAUCCGAGUGUAAACUAGUCCAAUCCGUUUUGCUAUUCCAAGCACAACCUAUCGAAUUUUUCUCGUAAAUAGCAUCGAACACUUUGCGUUUUAUGUUCCAUUAAUUGUUCUCACGAGAACUUCUAAAACGACAUGGUUGUGCAAGAAUUCGAAUAGCAACGGUUAUGAUAAAGAUUUUCCGUAGUUUAUGGAUUUUGUUCAGAGUAAAAUCGUACAUUAGAGAAUUGUGUUUGCAUUAACCUGGAGCAACGGCGUACGCAUGCGCGCGUGUCCUAGUCACCGAUCUACCGCGAAGAUCGAACAUAUGGAUCCCGAGUUGUAAUAUUAUGUUAUAUAGUCGUGUGAGUCACAAAUUGUAAAUAGCAUUCCCUACAUUAUAUAUAUAUAUAUAUAUAUAUUGUAUGUAUGUAUAUAUAUAUAUAUAUAUAUUAGUACUUAGAAUGACUCGCAUCGUUAGUCCUUUUA